AUGAGAAGGGGAGAGGUUGUUCUGGGAUGGAACAAGAAAAAGACGUUGUUUUGUGAGGACUUCGGGCUCAAGAUGGUGACUGCAGCCAUGCUGCUACAGUGCUGCCCAGUGCUUGCCCGGGGCCCCACAAGCCUCCUAGGCAAGGUGGUUAAGACUCAUCAGUUCCUGUUUGGUGUUGGACACUGUCCCAUCCUGGCUACCCAAGGACCAAACUGUUCUCAAAUCCACCUUAAGGCAACAAAGGCUGGAGGAGAUUCUCCAUCUUGGGCCAAGGGCCACUGUCCCUUCAUGCUGUCGGAACUCCAGGAUGGGAAGAGCAAGAUUGUGCAGAAGGCAGCCCCAGAAGUGCAGGAGGAUGUGAAGGCUUUCAAGACAGGAAACUAUGUCUUCAGUUAUGACCAGUUUUUCAGGGACAAGAUCACGGAGAAGAAACAGGAUCACACCUACCGUGUGUUCAAGACUGUGAACCGCUGGGCUGAUGCAUAUCCCUUUGCCCAACAUUUCUCUGAGGCAUCUGUGGCCUCAAAGGAUGUGUCCAUCUGGUGUAGUAAUGAUUACCUGGGCAUGAGCCGACACCCUCAGGUCUUGCAAGCCACACAGGAGACCCUGCAGCAUCAUGGUGCUGGAGCUGGUGGCACCCGCAACAUCUCAGGCACCAGUAAGUUUCAUGUGGAGCUUGAGCAGGAGCUGGCUGAGCUGCACCAGAAGGACUCAGCCCUGCUCUUCUCCUCCUGCUUUGUGGCCAAUGACUCUACUCUCUUCACCUUGGCCAAGAUCCUGCCCGGGUGCGAGAUUUAUUCAGACGCAGGCAACCAUGCUUCCAUGAUCCAAGGUAUCCGUAACAGUGGAGCAGCCAAGUUUGUCUUCAGGCACAAUGACCCUGACCACCUAAAGAAACUUCUAGAGAAGUCCAACCCUAAGAUACCCAAAAUUGUGGCCUUUGAGACUGUCCACUCCAUGGAUGGUGCCAUCUGUCCCCUCGAGGAGUUGUGUGAUGUGUCCCACCAGUAUGGGGCCCUGACCUUCGUGGAUGAGGUCCAUGCUGUAGGACUGUACGGGUCCCGGGGCGCUGGGAUUGGGGAGCGUGAUGGAAUUAUGCAUAAGAUUGACAUCAUCUCUGGAACUCUUGGCAAGGCCUUUGGCUGUGUGGGUGGCUACAUCGCCAGCACCCGUGACUUGGUGGACACGGUGCGCUCCUAUGCUGCAGGCUUCAUCUUUACCACUUCUCUGCCCCCCAUGGUGCUCUCUGGAGCUCUAGAAUCUGUGCGGCUGCUUAAGGGAGAGGAGGGCCAAGCCCUGAGGCGAGCCCACCAGCGCAAUGUCAAGCACAUGCGCCAGCUACUCAUGGACAGGGGCCUUCCUGUCAUCCCCUGCCCCAGCCACAUCAUCCCCAUCCAGGUGGGCAAUGCAGCACUCAACAGCAAGCUCUGUGAUCUCCUGCUCUCCAAGCAUGGCAUCUACGUGCAGGCCAUCAACUACCCAACUGUCCCCCGGGGUGAAGAGCUCCUGCGCCUGGCACCCUCCCCCCACCACAGCCCUCAGAUGAUGGAAGAUUUUGUGGAGAAGCUGCUGCUGGCUUGGACUGAGGUGGGGAUGCCCCUCCAGGAUGUGUCUGUGGCUGCCUGCAAUUUCUGUCGCCGUCCUGUACACUUUGAGCUCAUGAGUGAGUGGGAACGUACCUACUUCGGGAAUAUGGGGCCCCAGUAUGUCACCACCUAUGCCUGAGAAGCCAACUGCCUAGGAUUCACACCCCACCUGCACUUCACUUGGGUCCAGGCCUCCUCUGUCUUCUGCUUUGUUGUGUGCCUCUAGCUGAAUUGAGCCUAAAAAUAAAGCACAAACUGCAGCA